AUGGCUGACAAAGAAUUGCAAGAGAAGGUGACUUACUUCAUGCAGCAAAACCUUCUGGAUCUCUCCGAUGAUGAGGAAGGAUUUCCCGAUUCGGGACUCGUAGCAGCAGAGCAGCUAUUCGCUGACUUCAAGGCCAUGCCCCCGCCACCGCCUGUGCGCCGUGGAAGUAGCUUCUUGGGCCCUACGCCACGGGAGCGGCAGCAAGAGUUUGAAACCCAUACAGCACAGCAGCGUGCGGCAGUACGUAAGCACGACCCUAGCUUGCUGCGAUCUUCAACUGCUCCGAAUACUGUCACGAAGAGCUUUCCAGUCGCGAAACUUGAGCAAGGGGAUCGCGCGCCUCAAAGAUUUCUGAAGAAAACGGCUUCUAUGUCAGACCUUGCAGCACAAGAUCGAACGCCAUUCUACAAGCGCAUGGGCGAAAUCCCUCGCGAGCUCAAGAAUGCAAACGCAAAAGCUGCCACCAACAUUGUUGUCGAACCUGUGCACAAACAACUGUUGAGGGAGAAGUUAGUCUACUUGUUCCCAAACAAUGACAUCACUUGGGUGAAAAGCUGGAGAGACGACGUAACGCAUGUCAUCUUCGACGAUGACAAACAAACAUACCCUCAACUUCUACGUCACCUUAACAGAGCCGGUUUGCCGUCCGGCAUACCGCUUGACCCCACAAGUAGCAGGUUCCUUGUCAAAGGGGCGCCACGUCCGAGUGUGACUUCAACACCAGCGCCUCCAGACUCACAAGGCUCACUGAAGAUAAAACCUUCAAGGAGAGAGCAAGCAGCAAAUUCAUCUCAAAAGACUGAUUCGGUGACCACCGAAGCCACUCCCACAGAGCCCCACAUAGAAGAACCACCAAUUUCUAGUGGAGAUAUCGUAAGAGACAGUUUUGUUCGACCACCAGAGUCCACUUUUGAAGCUGCAAAGCCGCCUAAAGAGUACAAUGAUGAGCUCUCAAAGGUCAUAAAUGCUACAAGAGCUGUAGCGCAUCUGCCGCUCGAUGACGAGGAAGACGGCGAUUCGCGGCCCACUUCUUCGGCGGGAACAGACUCUGGUCGUGAUACAGAUGAAGAGGAACCACAACCUACUUCGAUGCGCACGAGGAGUCAAAGAACCGCGGUCGCACCCACCAAAAGGAAGAACGGGGUCAACCAAAAUACGUUCCAGUGCAUGAACCCAAUGGGAGCAUCUUCGGCGAGUUUUAAUCCCAAUGCUCGAACGAUCGAAAUUCUGGAACAAAUGGGCAAGUACUACGACCAAAUGCAGGAUCAGUGGCGCACACUCGCAUACAGAAAGGCUGUCACUACACUGCGUAAACAGACGGUCAAAAUUUCGACAGCUAAGGAAGCUGCCGCGCUCCCUUUCGUCGGGUCUCGCCUCGCUGACAAAAUCGAGGAGAUCGUGUUGACGGAUCGGUUGCGAAGAUUAGACAGCACCCGCGAUGAUCCGACUGACAAAGUCCUCCGUCUGUUCUUGGGAGUCUACGGAGCGGGACUGGUACAAGCCAACAAGUGGAUUCAAGCUGGGCAUCGCACCCUCGACGACUUGAUCGCCAACGCGAAGCUUACAGAUUCUCAAAGGAUCGGGAUCGAACACUAUCAUGACUUUGCGACUCGUAUACCUCGAGCUGAGGUCGAGGCACAUGGUGAAUACGUGAGGGACGCUUUGCGAAAGAUUGAUCCUGGGUUUGAGACCACCGUGAUGGGCUCAUACCGUCGUGGGGCAAAAGAUUCGGGCGACAUCGACAUCAUCAUGACCAAACCCGGUGCAAGAGUAUCGGCAUUGCGGGAUGUGGUCUUCCAUAAACUCGUACCUCGAUUGCUUAAGGAUGGCUUUCUCAAGGUCAAGCUCGCUGCUUCUUCCUCUAGUACCGAUGACGGGACUAAAUGGCAUGGCGUCUCUUGCCUUCCAUCAUCGGCCACAUGGCGUCGAUUGGAUCUACUUCUAGUCCCAGAGGAAGAGAUGGGCGCGGCGCUCCUCUACUUCACAGGCAAUGACAUCUUCAACCGAAGCAUCAGGCUGCUGGCAAGUAAGAAAGGGAUGCGCCUCAACCAAAGAGGCUUGUACAAGGACGUUAUUAGAGGAAAGAAUAGGGAGAAGUUGAAUGAAGGAACACUGCUUGAGGGCAAAGAAGAGAGAAGGAUCUUUGAGAUCUUGGGCGUUCCCUGGCGUGAGCCGACUGAGAGGAUCUGCUGA